UAAAAACAAAUGAAUGGGAAAAUAAAUAUGUUAGAGGGCAAAGUAAUUAAUACUAGUAAUAUGACGUUAAAUGACGAAUACAAUAAGGAAUUGAACAUCAGCGUGUGGUCAAUAGAACAAUGUGUAGCGGCACAACUUAUUAACAGAUCUACAGCAGAACAUUUUGACAAUGUCGUCCAUAUUUACAACGAUUCCAAUAUUUUAUGCUUAGAACAUGCACCUACCUUAACAAAUAUCACAAUUAUGAAGGCUAGUAUACUUUCAGUACUGGCUGCAUUGUCAUUCUUUGGCAAUAUAGUAACUCUAAUUAGUGUUAGAAGAGGAAAUCAAAAUAGAGGACGUACUAGACCGUCUUGUACCGCAAUAUAUCGUUUAAUAUUUCAACUUAGCAUAGCUGAUUUAUUUGUUACGGUGUUUUGUUUAGCGGGUGAAGCCGCUUGGUCAUUAUCAGUACAAUGGUACGCCGGUAAUGUAACCUGCAAGAUGUUUAAAUUUUCUCAAAUGUUUGCUCUACAUUUGAGCACAUUUAUUCUGGUUCUAAUUGGCGUGGACCGAUGGCUGGCCGUCAAAUAUCCUAUGAAGAGUUUAGCUACAGCGUCUCGGAGUUCUAAAUUGAUAAUCAUCGCUUGGAUCCUAAGUUUUAUACUUAGUGUGCCUCAGGCAAUUAUUUUUCGAGUUGCAAGAGGACCUUUUAUUGAGGAAUUUCAUCAAUGUGUAACACACGGAUUCUACACGGAGCGAUGGCAGGAGCAAACUUACACGACUUUAUCACUUGUAUUUAUGUUCAUCAUACCUUUGAUAAUUCUGAUCUCUACUUAUAUAUCUACAGUACGAACUAUAGAGGGGAGCAAAAGGAUAUUUGAAAUAGGUUGCAAGAGACAUGAAAUACUUUCAAAUUUAGAUGUUAACAGAACGAAGCUAAUUGACAGAGCUAAAAUGAAAUCUUUGCGAAUGUCUAUCGUCAUAGUGACAGCAUUCGCGAUUUGGUGGACACCUUACUACAUAAUGAUGAUUUUAUUCACUUUCUGGAAUCCUGAGAAAAAUUUGGGCGAAAACCUUUUGUCUGGAAUCUUUUUCUUUGGCAUGUCAAACAGUCUCGUUAAUCCCGUUAUCUAUGGAGCUUUCCAUUUAUGGCCGAAAAAGAAACGUUCCAAUCAAAGCGAUAAGGAAUCAGGUGGACAACACGCGUCUUUCCUUCGACGCUGGGAUCAGAACUCAUCGGUCAAGCAGACCACUUUGAGGUCAAUAAGAUCCUCCACCAAAAAUUCCAACGGGCAAAAUGUUACUUUUCUCUAA